UAUUAAAGGCUAUUGUCGUAAACAAUUAGAAGCUUUUACAAUUUAAUGUUUUCAAAGUAUUUAGAAGUUUUUGAAACUAAUUUAAAUUGGAAAUAUUGGUUGUGAUCGAUAGUACAUCAUUAUGCAAAGUCAUUUGUUUAAUGUUAAAAAAUCUUUAAGUUAAAAAUUUUUAAUAUGUUGACUUAAUGAAAAAUUCGACUGUCUAAAGUAAAUUAUUUAUAAAGUAAGAAUGUAAUCAUGACAUUGCAAUCAUAUUUACAAUUAACUUUAGCGAUUCUUAAGCCCGAUGUUGUUAAAUCUCCAUUCGUGCUGAAGGAAAUUAGAAAAUUAAUAAUUGAUAAUGACUUUAAAAUUGUAAGAACGCGCAGAACUAUUAUUGGCGAUGACGAGGCCCAAGAAUUUUACAAGGAACAUAAGAACAAAUUUUAUUUCAACAGACUCUUGACAUUUAUAUGCAGUGGACCUUCUGAUAUAUAUAUUUUAACAAGUAGAAAUGCAAUCACCAAAUGGCGAAAUCUACUGGGACCAACAAAAGUGUAUCAAGCUCAGUAUUCAGCGCCUAACUCUAUAAGAGGAAAAUUUGGCUUAUCCGACACAAAAAAUGCAGUUCACGGAUCAGAUUCUGUAGAAUCAGCAAACAGAGAAAUAGCUAUACUCUUUAAGGAUUUUAAUAUAAAAAAAUGGUAUGAAAAUGACGAAGUAUACUUUCAAUCAAAAAAAUUAAUAUUUGAUCCUCAUUUAUUUAUACAUCUAAUAGAUAAGGAUUUAGAUAUGCCAAAAAAUUAUGGAGUCUUAAAUUGAUGUACAUUAAAAAAA